AUGCUUAGUCGUCCGCAGUUUGUAGUUUCGAAUGGGAGGAUCUUCUGGGGCUGCUUCUUUCUUAUGAUCGGCUCAUUUUCAUUUGUGGGUUUCGUGUAUGCUGCCGUCGUAUCAAAGCUUCAGCCUCCAUCUGAUAACGCGAUUAUCCGAGCUAUACAAAAUGAUUGGUAUGUGUUUUUGUUCAAAAUAUUUCAGUUAUGCAGGUCUAGUACAUCAAGUGUCUUGGUAUUAUUGCUUCGUGGUACCUUUGACACUUCCGAUCCUCGUUGUCACAGUAUAUCUUCAUUGGUUGAGCAUGAAACUGUUCAAGCAUGCAUGAUUGACUUUGGCGUGAGAUUCGUAAGGUUCAAUGUGACCGAUUUGGAGCAAUUUGAAUGUGUGCUUGUUUUGAAGAAAAAGAUGACAGUGCCCCUCAUGAAGUCAACACUAAAGUAUUUGGUGGGAAUCAAAGGCCCCAGCGGUUAUGGCUCUAAAACAACUGCUCAGAAAAUUGCUCAAGAUUGCUUCUUCUCAAUGCCCAAAACUCAGCUCAAUGCAAUUAUCACUGAAGGUGCAACUUCCGGCAUAGGUGCCGAAACAGCAAGAGUGCUCGCCAAGAAUGGCUUGAGGAUCAUAAUUCCGGCAAGGGAUUUGAAAAAAGCCGAUGAUUUGAAGAAAAGCAUACAAAAAGAGUGUCCAAAAGCUGAAAUAAUUGCACUAGAGAUGGACUUGAGCUCACUUGCUUCAAUACAGAGAUUUUCUUCUGAGUUCUCAUCUUUAGGACUACCACUUCAUAUUCUCAUAAAUAAUGCUGGCAAAUAUUCACCAAAGUUGGAGUUGUCAGAUGACAAAAUUGAGCUGACUUUUGCCACUAAUUACCUAGGUCAUUUUGUGCUGACACAAAUGCUGCUGGAAAAAAUGGUGGAAACAGCAUUAGAAAGUGGCAUACAAGGGAGAAUAGUGAAUGUCUCUUCAGUAAUUCAUAAAUGGGUCAAAACAAAACACUUUAGCUUCACCGAAUUGCUUAAUCCCAAAGUUUAUAAUGGUACUUAUGCUUAUGCUCAAUCAAAGCUAGCCAACAUAUUACAUGCCAAGGAAUUAGCAAGAAAGCUCAAGGCAAGAACAGCAAACGUAAGCAUCAACGCAGUUCAUCCAGGAAUUAUAAAGACUGGAAUAAUCAGGGAUCACACAAGCUUUAUCACAGGCAUGUCUUUUUUUCUUUUUUUUUUAAUUAUUAUUACUUUUGGCCACCUCAGAUUAGUUUUGUCUUCAUUUGUGUUAUCUUCUUUAUACGGUUGCUUAUUGGUAAAAAAAAUAAUGUAUGUACGUACUUUUUCAGAUUCUCUGUAUUUUGUGGCGGCCAAGUUGCUGAAAUCGACAACACAGGGGGCGGCCACGACAUGUUACGUGGCACUAAGCCCAAAUAUUAGUGGGCUCAGCGGAAAGUACUUCUCGGACUGCAACGAAAGUCGUUGCUCGGGCUUAGCAGAUGAAGAAAAUGAGGCCCACAGACUAUGGACCCAAACUCAUGCUUUAGUCCAGCGACUUUUGCUUCAGAAAGCGUCAUCUCCGAAUGUCGCCACCAGCUUCGCUUAG